CACUAUAACUUGUGUUAUUGAUUCCUGUUUCCUCGAAUUCUCGAAUUUUUCCAAAACAUUCAACGCGUUUGAAAAAUUAACUGCAGUACAAACCUUUGUUAUUCUGUGGUUUUGAGAUCGUAUGUAAUUUUCCUCACACGAAGAUCUCCUCACAUUUUGUCUCUGGUCUUGAAGCGGGUACGAUGGAGUGGCUCUCGAAGGACAAAUUCAUCGUCCGAGAUGGACUGGAUCCUUCAGCAGAAUUUUUCCAAAAAAUAGAGCACGAUUUCUACAUGACCUUGGAUGGCAAAGCAGUUUUGUCGCUGGAAAAUGUGCAGAAUGGGUCAGUGGUGCACAUUGUACCCAGAGUCCUCGGAGGCAAGGGAGGUUUCGGCUCCAUGCUCAGGGCCAUCGGUGCCCAGAUCGAAAAGACGACCAACAGGGAAGCCUGUCGAGACUUGAGUGGACGGCGCCUUCGAGAUAUCAACGAGGAAAAGAGAUUGAAAAAUUGGAUCAACAACAAGGCUGAGUUGGACAAGGAAAAGAAGGAGAAGCGGCGCAAGAAGUUGGAGAAAAUGGUGGAGGAGCCGAAAAUCGCCUUCAAGGACAACAAGUACGAAGAGGCGAGGUCGGAGAUGACGGAAAAGGUGGCCGAUGCCCUCGAACACGGUUUGAAAGCAGCUGCUGGAGUCUCUGGAGUGAAGAGGGUAAGCUCGACUGAGCCCCAAACCAAGAAGAAGAAAAAGAAAAUUUGGGGAAUGGAUGACGAGGAUUUGAGCGACUCCGAGGAUGAAUCUGAAGAGGAAGGCUCUGCACAAAAGUCUUCAGAUGACGAUCAAAGCAGCGGAUCAGCAAGUGAGGUCAAAUGUACCUAAGACAAAAAAUCCAAUGACGUGGCUGCAGUGAAAAAUGAAAUUGCUGCCAAUUGAACAUUUAUUUGUGUUUCUUAUAAUUAUUAAUUGUGAAAUAAAUAUAAAUGCAAGAAUUCACUCAAUAGGAAA